AUGGACCUGUGCAAAGUAGCUUUCCUCUUGGGAGCCCUGGUCUGCACCGUUAGUGGUACUGAGGUGGAGGGAUACGCCAAAACUGAAGGAGCAUGGAUCCUCUCGCUGCGGAGAAGACAGUACUCGGUAAACACUGUGGCUGAAUGUGCCAACAAAUGUAAUGCUGAAGCAUCCUUCACAUGCAGGUCUUUCAUAUACAAUGAAAAGGACCAAGAGUGUUCGACAGCAGCAGCAAACUCUAAAACAGAGAAUAUCCUGCGCAGAAGCAGCACAGCAUUGUAUGAAAAAGAAGUUUACCUCCUGGAGUGUGUCAAUGGAGUAGGAUCAGAUUACAGAGGAACAAAGAGCAAAACAAAAAGAGGAACGAACUGUCAGAAUUGGGGUGCCAAAUACCCGCACAGGCCCAACUUCACACCGGAAGCCAAUCCUCUAGCGGACCUGGAGUCUAACUUCUGUAGAAACCCUGAUGGAGACAGCGGGGGACCCUGGUGUUACACCACCGACAUCAACACCCGCUGGGAACACUGCGGUAUACCCAGCUGCACUGAGGAGUGUAUACACUGCAGCGGUGAGGACUACAGGGGGAAAAUCUCCACCACAGAAAACGGCUUCACCUGCCAACGAUGGGACUCCCAGAAACCUCACAACCAUGGCUACAGCCCCAGCGCUCUUCCAGAGAAGUAUCUUGAGGAGAACUACUGCAGAAACCCCGAUGGAGACCCCCGACCGUGGUGCUUCACCACCAGUGUGUCCAAACGAUGGGACUUCUGCUCCAUACCCCGCUGCACAUCCGAGCCUCCCGCCAUCGUCCCAGAGCUGACCUGUGCCACCGGUGAAGGGAAAGCGUAUCGAGGCACGAUUGCAGUGACGGAAUCUGGGAAAACGUGCCAGAGCUGGUCGUCUCAGACGCCACAGAAACACAACCGCUCGCCAGAUAACUACCCCUGCAAAGGCCUGGAUAGCAACUACUGUCGUAACCCAGACAAUGAAAGGAUGCCCUGGUGUUACACCACUGAUCCUGAAACUCGCUGGGAGUACUGUAAGGUGCCGAGCUGUGGGAAUGCAGCCGCACCAGAUGAGCCAUUGAUCCCCACAGAGGAGGAAGAUUGUUAUGAGGGUGACGGGACGAGUUACCGUGGUGUAACAUCAGAGACCAUCAGUGGAAAGAGAUGUCAAAGCUGGAGCUCCAUGAGUCCUCACACCCACCAAAAAACUCCACAGAACUUCCCCAACGCGGACCUCAGGAGGAAUCUGUGCAGGAACCCAGAUGGAGACAAAGCUCCUUGGUGUUACACUACAGAGCCUGGAGUCCGUUGGGAGUACUGCAACUUGGAGAAAUGCCCCACCAAACCUGCCAGCGGUACACCCACAAGCAGACCUUCAAAUCCCGAGGCCUCCUCCACUGCCACAGAGACCGCAACAGAGAUUGACUGUAAGACUGGAAAUGGAGAUACAUACCGGGGUCCAACCUCCAUCACCAUUUUGGGCGUGACCUGCCAGGCCUGGAGUGCCCAGUUCCCUCACCAACACAACAGCUUCACCACACAAACUCACCCCGACAAGGGUCUGGAGGGCAAUAGCUGCAGAAACCCAGAUGGCGACGUGAAUGGUCCUUGGUGCUACACUACAGACAGGAACAAGAAAUGGGACUACUGUCAGAUCCCCGACUGUGCUGGAUUGAAAUGCGGGACGCCAGUCACCAAACCAAAGCGUUGUUUUGGUCGGAUUGUGGGAGGUUGCGUGUCAAAAGCUUACUCGUGGCCCUGGCAAAUCAGCCUCCGGACCAAUACAGGAAUUCAUUUCUGUGGAGGAUCUCUGAUUCACCCCCAGUGGGUCCUGACUGCAGCUCACUGCCUGGAGAGGUCCAGACGGCCAGGUGCCUACAAGGUUAUCAUGGGUGUUAACACAGAGCGAGCCAAUGAGCCGUCGAAACAAGAAAAGAACCUGGAAAAACUCAUAAUGGGACCCAACGGCGCUGACAUCGCUCUGCUCAAACUGGAGAGCCCUGCACUAAUAAAUGACAAAGUCAUGCCAGUCUGUCUGCCAGAUAAGGACUACAUUGUUCCCAGUGGAACCGAGUGUUAUGUUACCGGAUGGGGUGAAACUCAAGGUACAGGAGGUGAUGGCGUCCUGAAGGAAACUGGUUUCCCUGUGAUUGAGAACAAGAUCUGCAAUCGUCCAGCGUACCUGAACGGCAGAGUCAAAGACCACGAGAUGUGUGCUGGAAACAUCGAGGGAGGCACAGACAGCUGCCAGGGUGACAGCGGCGGCCCUCUGGUGUGUUCUUCCCAGAACACAUACAUCCUGCAGGGGGUGACAUCAUGGGGGCUGGGAUGCGCCAAUGCCAUGAAACCCGGCGUCUAUGCUCGAGUCUCCAAGUUUAUCGACUGGAUCGACCAAACCAUCAAAACCAAUUGAAAACUAUCCACUUUGAACAAAUACACAACAGCUCCAGUCAUAUUAAGUAACCGGAGUGGUUUUUAAAAGUAUUUUUGAUAUGUGUGUACUGUUCUGCUCCAACACAUCUACUUUAGUUUGUAGUCUGGUAUUAUCUGAUAUCAACAGGUGUUAUAGUUCCUGUGGUGGAAACACAAGAAGCAGAUCAUGUUCCUGGUUUGUAAAGGUGUGUUUUACUGAAAAUAAAACUUAAUACAAAAU